CAAACACGGUGAAUCCUAAAAAUAAACAUGGCCGUCUCCAUAUUCCAGCGGAAGGCGGACUUUGUGUACCUUGGUUUCUUCGUCACACACGUGCUGGUUAUGCUCUCAUUCGAUCUAUCGGGCUUCUAUCCCGUCCAAAUUAAGCCUCUCUGGAUGUCCUCUCUGCGGGACUGGUACAUUGAAACAUACGGCGACCGUUUCUUCUACAAGACGCCAGUUUGGUUUUCUGUCUAUACCUUCCUUGAGCUAGUCUACCACCUUCCUGUGUCGCUCUGGAUGAUUCCCGCUCUGCUUCGCGAUGACCCACGCGUCCCUCUGGUGAUGCUGGUCUACUCGCUAGAAACAGUGCUAACGACUCUGACGUGCAUGGCUGAAAUGCUGAGUUGGGAGGAGCUGACUCCUGCACAGAGGGGUGUGCAGGGUUUGGGUGGCAUGUACGGCGCAUAUCUGGCUCUCGGCGUCUUCAUGAUGCUUGAUUGCUAUGCGAGGUUGGAUCGAAUUAUUGCAAAGCAACACAAAGGUUUGGUGCCAGUGACCAAGAAGAAGCUGUGAGGCUUCUGCUGCCACACAGUAGGAACGCUGUAUUAUUGAGCCUACAUGUGCAUAACUUGGGGAGGAAAACGAGGUGUUCAGAGUUGAUUGGCAGGUCAAAUUGCUUUAA